UACCUCCCGACUCGCGUUUUAUCAUUCCUUAUUAUUAUAGACCUGCCCUCGUUACAAAACCCUCAAAUCCUCUACCGACCUUCUAGGGUUUAGAAAGUGAGACGGUGGAUUUGGGCAGCAGCAGCAGUAGAGAAGGCGAGAGAGAGAGAGAGAGAGGAGGAUGGAAAAGUAUCACAACUUGAGCAUGUUUUCAUCAGAGGCAGCAAAGUAAGGUUUAUGGUCAUUCCUGAUAUGCUGAAAAAUGCCCCAAUGUUCAAACGUUUGGAUGCAAGAAUCAGAGGCAAGGGCUCAGCUCUUGGAGUUGGACGUGGCCGUGCAGUUGCUAUGCGUGCUAGGGCUCAAGCUGCUGGUCGUGCUGGUGCUGCUGCUGGUAGGGGUGGUGUGCCUCCAGUAAGAAGGUAGACACCUUCUAGCACUUUGUGGGUCGCUCAGAUCUUGCUGUCACAGAGAUCACAUGUGUUCCUUUCUUUAAAUCUGUCUGUUAGAAAUUAUGUAAGCAACGGCUUGUUUAAUAGAUGCAAGGAAUACAUUUUUCUGUUUCCUGUUUGAAAUCCUCCAUGUGGAUCUACAUUCCUGGAAGCCUCCUCUUGUUAUUGCCUUCUCAUUUUUGUUCACUGCUUCUAGUAUCCUAAAUAUUUUAUUGAUGCAACAUUGUUCGUAAAUGAUUGUGGAAGGUGCACAUGCAGUGUUUUAUUGCAA